AUGACACAUUUUACACUGAGUAUAUUUUCUAGUUUGUAUAUUAAGGACGAAGUACCCAUGCUUACACAUUCCCAGUCAUCCUCUAUACCUAAUGAUAUUCUUGCCCCUUCUGAUCCGGAUGUGGCCAAUAAUCUCCCAAGUUUCUUAAAUCCUUUGAUUUCAGAAGUGAAGAAUCGCAUGUCCAAGCUUCCAGUGUCUAAAGAAAGCUUAAACAAUGAACCCUUCAAAAUUCUAUCCGCAUUAAGGGCAUAUCGUUAA